UCACAGCCUCCAGCAGCCUGAACGCUUUUCAUCUGUCGGCUCCACUCCAAAGUAAUCCGCUUCAAGAGCAAGCAGGCAGAUGCCAAAGGGAUCUUCUGAGAAGACAGACCCUUUCCACCGGAGGCGACUGCCAAGGUUGGUAAGAAGAUUGACAAUUGAAUGAACUCAGAAGAAAAUUUGACUGAGAUAGCUUGAUGAUUGAGACUAUGAAACAAGAGGAAGAAUGCUUAUGGAUUUAAAAUUAUUGUAUUUAUCCAGUUGUUAUGGUCCAAGGAAUCCUAGGAGAUUAAUUUGUUCAGUCACUAUUUGCACAGCUACAAAAAUUUGGUUCUGAUGCAGCUGAGAAAAAUGCAGUCCAUUAAAAGCGAACAGGCACUUGCUGAUACAAGUAGCAAUGUGGACAAAAUUAUGGUACUUAAUUCCACAUUAACCGACGUAUCUGAUGACUUAAGCGGUGAAGACAUGCUACUAAAUGAAGGAAGUAUUGGAAAAAACAAAUCUUCAGCAUGCCGGAGAAAAAGGGAAUUCAUUCCUGAUGAAAAGAAAGAUGCUAUGUACUGGGAAAAAAGGCGGAAAAAUAAUGAAGCUGCCAAAAGGUCCCGUGAAAAACGGCGACUGAAUGACCUUGUGUUAGAGAACAAACUAAUUGCACUGGGAGAAGAAAAUGCCACUUUGAAAGCUGAGUUACUUUCACUGAAGCUAAAGUUUGGUUUAAUUAGCUCUGCAGCAUAUGCCCAAGAAGUUCAGAAGCUCAGUAACUCAACAGCUGUGUAUUUUCAGGAGUAUCAGAAUUCCAAAUCAAGCAUUAAUUCUUUCACUGAUGAACAUGAUCCAAAUAUGGUGGGCAGUAGUUGUAUAUCUGUCAUUAAGCACUCACCACAAAGCUCUUUAUCUGAUGUAUCUGUUUCAUCAGUAGAUCCUGCUAAGACAACUCCUAUACAAACUAAUUGCAGAAAUCCUGAAAAUAAGUUCCAGAUCAUCAAACAGGAGCCAAUGGAGAUGGAAAACUAUUCAAGAGAUCCACGAGAUGAAAGAAGCUCCUAUGCGUCAUCCAUGUAUCAAAACUACAUGGGAAGCAAUUUCAGCGGGUAUUCACAUUCCCCUCCUCUUUUGCCAGUUAACAGAUCCUCCAGUAACUCUCCAAGAACUUCAGAGGCAGAUGAAGGUGUUGUAGGAAAGUCGUCAGAUGGAGAAGAUGAGCAACAGGUUCCUAAAGGCCCAAUCCACUCCCCGGUUGAACUUAAAAACACCCAUGCCACAGUCAAAGUUCCAGAGGUGAGCUCUUCUGCACUACCUCACAAGCUUAGGAUUAAGGCCAAGGCCAUGCAAAUCAAAGUGGAAUCAUUAGACAAUGAAUUAGACACUGCUCAGAAACUGUCAACUCCAAUUGACAUGUCAUCUAAAAGACAUUUUGAACUUGAAAAAAACGGUGUACAAAAUACGGUACACACUUCCCACACUCCUUUCUCUGUUCAAGUGACUAACAUCCAGGACUGGUCUCUGAAGCCAGAACACUGGCACCAUCAAAAAGAACUCACUGACAAAAUUGAGACUGCCUGCAAAACUGGAGUGGUUGAGGUUAAAGACAAUUCCUACAAGGUGUCUGAGGCAGAGAACUUGUAUUUGAAGCAGGGCAUAGCAAAUUUGUCUGCAGAAGUAGCUUCACUUAAAAGACUUAUAACUACACAACACAUUUCUGCUUCAGAUUCUAGCUAAAUUGCUUUGGAAUGAAUGUUCAUUGUAUUAAAGGAUGUUAUUUGCAGUAGAUUGAUAUGUUUUGUAUUAUGCUGAAUUUUCACUGGACUUGUGAUGUCAAUUCACUGUAAUGUUCACAUAAUGUCUGAUGGAUAGUGUCUUUUUGUGCACAAAUGAUUAUGAUUAGAUUGUCAUUCUCACUAUGCCUUGUGUAUAGUCAAGCAGCCUGUGCAAAGGCUGUAAAUAGUGGACAUUAUUUUUCUGUCAUUCUGUUACUAUAAAUUGUGAAAGUUGCCAUUUUCAAUAAAAAAAUUGGUGACAAACACAGAAUUAGUUCGCUGUCUGUCCGUUUCUAUUGGCCUGUAAAUAGGACCCUUAAACUACAGUCCCUGCAUUAGCCUGCUCAACGCCUUUUGACAUUCAAAGUGGUUAUAAAUGAAGCACUGUAAAAUCAUUUACAUGGCAAACAAAUAUAGAAUUCCUUGGGAAUGCCUAAAAGAUCUCUAUAGAAUUGAACAGCUUGUUAAAUUAUCAUGGUCACAAAUAGGUAAUUUUAAAAAGAACUAAAAUGAACAGAAGUGUAUGAGGGGAAAAUCCAAAAUCAUAUACCUAAAGGGAAUGCAGACAACCAAUGACAAUCUUGUCAGAUCUGUAUAAUGAAAAGUCAUUUUACAAAAGGGAAUGAUGUGGUCAUCAUCAAGCUGUCAGUCUGUCUACUCUAACUGCCAGUACUUUCUUUGAAGAUUAGAGAAAGUUGCAUAGCAUCAGACUCCAACUUGCCACCUUCACAACAGUCAAUGGGCCUCAAUUUGUUGUGGAGGAAAUAAGUCUUAAAACACCCAGCGUUGUUUAUUGAUAUUAUUCAUUUAUAGUCUGUCUUUCUCAUGAAGCAGAUUUCUAUCCAAUCAGACAGCAUAAGACAUCUAAUAAACAGUGCAGUAGGAUCAGGAUUACAGAAUUGGAAAAUAAUGCAAGCAGUUUAAAAAACUGUUUAAAGGAUAACUUAAUGCAGAAAUGGGCAUCAAAGAUAGAAGGCAAUGCAAUAAAAUCAAGGUGAUCAUGUACAAUAAACACUGAAUUGAUUGCAGUCCUAUUACCUUAUGAAAACAAUGGUGAAAUAAGAAACUGUAACUUGCAUUUGUUUCUCAUACUGAAUGUAAAAGUUAAUAACUUUAUAAAGGAUUUCCCCCCUACAGUCA